CUCGACCGGAAGUAGCGUCGGCGCGGGAGCUGAGCGGAGUGGCCUUACCACCGGAGGGGAAGGGUUGCUGGCGUUAGGCCUAGCUGAGUCGUGCGGCUGAGCGUGAGGCUAGAAAGAAAAAGCGAUCCUCCAAGGGUGAGAACGGGAGAUCUGCCGAGGAUAACAACCUCCCUUGUGGCCGAAGGGCGGGGAAUCCCCACACAAGGGCUCCGUUUCGAGAGACUGCGACAAAGGAAAGUUCGUAGCGCGUUCCGGAGGCCCGGCCACCUCUGAGAAGGGAGACGCUGCUGGGUCCGCUGAGCGGGGCGACCCGAGGUUAAUUUGUAACCCAGCCAGAGAACCUAGGAGGAUGGAGAGAAGCCGUUUUUCCCUCUCCUACACCUCAGUAACCUACUGCCAGCUGAAGAAAUAGAACAUUACUAAAGCCACCUGUACAUGUUUCUCCUUUUGAAUUACCUGCCCUCUAAAGAAGCAAUGGAUUUUCUGAAUUUACUGUUAACUUUUACCAUGCAGAUUUUUAUAUAUUAAUGACAUAUUUUAAUAUAUUAAUGACAUGAAUAAAUCCCUGAAUGAGGAUAUUGUACUAUUUUGCAUGUUUUAACCAUUAAAUGAAUAAUUACAUGUGCAUCUGGCUUUUUUCAAUCAAUAUUGCUGUGGUUCAUAUUGAUAUGUUAAUAAUAGUAACUUGCACUUAAUUAACCUUUAUUAUGUGCCAGACACCAUUCUAAGCACUUUACUUCGUUUACUGCUUACAAACCCUGUAGGAUAACUUUGAUCUUCUUUUAUACGGCACAGACAGGUUGCUAUAGUACUCCAUUGUAUUAAUAUGCCAUACCUUAUCCAUUCUCCUGCUUAAUUCCUCAAACUUUGUAGAUAUUCAACUGCUAGUUAAGAUAAGAAUGUGGUAACAUUUGUGUUGCCCAUAAUUUUGCUUUGUGACGUUCCUAAUAUUUGUUUUUAUUUUUAUUUUGAGACAGAGUCUUGCUCUGUCGCCCAGGCUGGAGUGCAAUGGCGCAAUCUCGGCUCACUGCAACCUCUGCCUCCCGGGUUCAAGCGAUUCUCCCGCCUCAGUCUCCCAAGUAGCUAGCUGGGUUACAGGCAUGCACCACCACGCCUGGCUAAUCUUUUGUAUUUUUAAUAGAGACGGGGUUUCACCAUGUUGGCCGGGCUGGUCUUGAACUCCUGACCUCAGGCGAUCCACCCGCCUUUUCCUCCCAAAGUGUUGGGAUUACAGGCGUGAGCCACCGCGCCUGGCUAGUAUUUCUUUACUGUAUUCUAUUUGGCUGUCUCACCAACAGAGACAUCACACCAUUUUGUCAGUUACACAAGAAUGAGACAUCUGGCCGCCAGAGGUCAGCCUAACUAUAUUUUGGUUAGGUUUUUUUUUUUUUUUUUAAUUGUUAAAGCUAUGGGGGUAGGGGUUCAGUAUUUUUUGAUAUUAUAAUCUGAAAAUAUUUUUAAAAGGUGCUAGAUUAAAUUUAAACAACAUAGUAUACUGCCUUAAAGCUUACAUUUUUCCUGACUUUUGUACUGUGAAACAGAACAAAAACAAUUAUGGGAAAGUAAGAGCCUUUUUAAAAAUUUUCUGAGUAACAUAAUAACUGAAGUAUAGCCAAUUAGUAAUCUCACAGGUGCAAUCUGGUUGAAGUGAAAAUAGUAAAAAUAUUAGAGGACAGCACAAUUAAAAGCCAACAGCUUCUCCUGUCUCAGUUUAUAAAGACUUAAUGGGUCCACGACAAAGAAUGAAUGCUCUUUUUCAGAUUGAACAAGGUAAUAGUACUAUAAACUAAACUUAGAAGUAUUACAUUGUUUCUUCUUAAAGAUAAAGUUAUAAGCAGUUUCCUUUAUAUUGCUGUAGUAGCGUCAUAUAUGUUGAUCCUGCCUUAAAAAAUUAUCUCAUUUGUCUUUGUCUAACAUUACCAAAUCACCAAGAUAUAACUUGGAACUGUUCUCUCCCUGGAGUAAAAUAGAACAUGCUUGUGGUAGUUACUUACUGCAGGCCUUUGCCAUUCUCUGAUUCUUUCAGAUACAUUUACUGAGCCACUCAUAUGCCAGACACUGUGCUAGGAGUGUGUGAAAGCCAGAGAAAUACUCAUUAGAGGAAAAUUGCUGACCUGAAGCCAUACCAUAUGACCUUAUUAGUACAACUCAGUGUAUUUGAUAAUGAAAAUGUUCACUGACUUUGAUUUUGGAAAUCCCCCCUACAGAGUAGCAUAAACCAGACAUUGAUACUGUUUCUUUUCUCAUUUAAAGCUACGCCUUUAAAGGCCACACAUGUUGCUGUAUAUACUUGGAAUGUAUUUCCACCACAUUUUACUAGUCUGCUUCUCCAGCGAUAGGAACCUAGAAUGCUUCUAAUUCCUGUCAUCACAGAUGUAGCUUCAGGGUAUAUCUUCAUACAUGUUGUUCUUACGGGAAUUUCUUUGCUAUCUAUGCCCAAAAGUAGGAUUGCUAGAUCAUGAGAUGUGCAAAUAGUUUGCCUAAGUAGUGCUGCCAGACUGUUCUUCGGAACAGUUACUCCACUCUGCAAUCCCACCAGCAGUGCCAGUUCCAAAAAAGAACUCACUGACAUUUGGCGUUACCCAGCUUUCUUAUUCUGCCAAACUGAUAGCAUAAUGUGAUCAUAUUGUUCAUGCCUUGGGAUUUUCUCUUCUAUAAUUUGGGUAUCUUUGUCCUUUGCUCAUUUCUUUAAUGAAGUUGCUAUCUUUCUUAAAACUUGAUUUAACUUUGUCCAUGGUAUCUUUAGUUCAGUCCAGAAAUGAUUAAUCGUGAUGUGAUUAAAUUCAUUUUUUGGUCUGGUGCUUUAUGCUUUUUUGUUUAAGAAGUCUUUCCCUGGCCUCAUUUCACAAAGAUACUCUGUAUUAUAUUUAACUAACUAUAUAGUUUUACCAUCCCCAUUAGCUCUUUAAUCCAUCAUGAAUCUUCCCUUAUACAUGUCAUUAUAUGUAUAUGUAUUAUAUGGUUUUACUUUUUUUCAUAUAAUGAGCCAGUUGUACCAAUAAUAAGUACUAAACAUAUCCAUUCACCCUUAGUUUAUGUGCCAGCCUUAUUUUAUAUUACAUUCCCAAAUUAUAUAUAGCUCUGUUUUUAAGCUCUGUUCUGCUCUAUUGGACUAUUGUCUGUUCUUAGUGCUAAUCCUACCCUAUUUUAAUUUCUGUGACUUUAGUCAUAGGACAUACCUUGAAGAAUAGGAACUCCCUUACUCUUCUGUUUAAACAGUUCAUUUGGCUAUAUGUGGAAUUUUAUUCUUUCUGUAUAAGCUUUAAGGUUUGUUUAUAGAGUUCCUUAAAAAUUUGAUUGGAAUUGUAUAAAUAGGGAGAAAGUUGAUAUCUUUAUGAUAUUUGUUCCAUCCAAGAGCAUGGAAUGUCUGUAUUUUAAAUUAUCAUCUAUAUUGUUUAUUAGGUCUUGUAUAUUAAUGAUUAGUUCUUAGGUUCUUUAUAGGAUUAGGUUUUUGUUGUUUGUUUUUCCUUCUGUGAAAUGUCUUUAUAUAUGGUCUAGUUAGUAUUGCUGGUAUAAAAGUUAACAGUGCCUGAGUUGAAACACUGGCCCUGUGACUUACUAGAUGAAUGGCUUUGGUCACGUAACUUAAUCCACAGGUAAGAUGGGGACAAUAAAAGUACCAACUUUUAGGGUUAUUAGAAGAAUUUUAAAAUAGUUAACAUUUGUGCAGUUACUAGAGUAGUACAUGGCAAAUAGUGUUAUAUAAGUAAUUAAAUUAAUGAAUAUUCAUAGGUUAAUGUCAGAUCAGGAACCUUGUUGAACUCUAAGAGUUUGUAUGGUUUUUUUAAAUUGGAUGAUAUCAUCUGUAAGCUAAUAGUUUUAUCUCUUCCAAUUCUUAACGUAUCUUUUUUCAAAAAGAGAAAAACGUUGAUUAGGACUUUCAGUACUGUGUCAGACAGUAUCAGUCUCAGUCAACAUGGCCAUCUUUAGCUAAUUUCACUUUGUUUUUUGUUGUUGUAGAGAAGAGUCUCAUUCUGUCACCCAGACUAGAGUACAGCGGUAUGAUCAUAGCUCACCAUGCAGCCUCCAACUCCUGGGCUCAAGCAAUCCUCCUGCCUCUGCCUCCCAAGUAGCUAGAACUAAAGGCACACACCACCAUGCCUGGCUAAAUUUUUUAAAAUUUUUUGUAGAGACAAGGUCUUGCUAUAUUGCCCAGGCUGGUCUUGAACUCCUGACCUCAAGUGAUCCUCCACCCUUGGCCUCCCAAAAUGCUGGGAUUACAAGCAUGAGCCACUGCCCUGCCCCUGACUUCACUUUUAAAGGAAAUGUAUCUCAUCUUAUUCAGGAUAAUGUUUGCUUAAAACUUUUGGUAGAUAACCUUUACCAAGUUGAGAAAGUUACAUUCUUUUUCUAGUUUGGUAAAAAUGUUUUGUUUUGUCUUUUAAAGCAUAAAUACAUGUUGGUCAGGAACUAACAAAGGUCAUCCACAUUCAAUAAAAUUAUCUUUUUUUCCUUUAGUUCUGGCAACUUACACAUUUUUUUUUUUUAAUUUGAGCUAUUCUUACUUUCCUGGGAUAGGCCAUAUUUGAUAACAUUAUUUUUAAUGUACUAUUGGAUUCUGUUAAGUGAUAUUUAGGAUUUUGCAAGUGAAGUGAGCCUGUACUUUUCUUGUUUGGUUCAUCUCUAAGUUUGGAAUUUAUUUUUAUUAUCUUUAUAAAAGGAGCUGGUCAGUUUUCAUGCUUUUUUCUUUUUUGUGGAACAGCUUAUAUAGAAGUGGUUAUAGGAUCACAACUUCUGAGGUCCCAGCAAGAGUCCUAACAUCUAGCAGCUCUACCACCAGGACAGGCCCCCUAAAACUAAUUCCAGCAAGCACCUCUGAAGUCUUCUCAUUCACAGGUUAAGGCUACCUUUCCAGAUAGUCCAACAGCUAAAUCACCAGUUUCCAAGGGCAUUUGCAUCACCUAUGGAAAGCAUCGGAUCCUUACACACCAGAUGUUCUUGACAGCUCAUCCCAUCAUUCCCCGCUGCACAAAAGUUGCUAUACCAGCGGACGACCAAGACAACUACUGAGCUGCUUUUCAUUGUCAAGUAGAUAUAAUAUCACUGCCAGCAAAACAGCACAAAAAGUGUCUCUUCACAGUAGCACUACCAAUUGGGACUAUGCUAAGUAAAUCAGCUUGCCUAGAUGAGGACCCCUUCUAUUCUUGGGUAGCCAGGAUUUGAAGGAGAUACUCUGACCUGUGCCACUGGUAAGUGACUAAUACUUUUACACACUGAACUGGUCCUGGAAACUGAGAUGUCUUCUUUGUAAGUGAAGAAUAUACAACAUAAUCUUGAAGAACGGCACAGUGGUGUGGGCCGCAAGCAUACUUUAUGUGUGUAACGGACUGAAAGACAAAUUAAUCUUGGCAAAAGGAUUUUUCAUCUCAUUUCUAUUUGCCAGUGUUAGUCAGUGUUCUGCUGGCUUAGAUUAUUACCUUUUUCUGGUUCCUUACUCUGUUUUAUUCUGAUGGGUCCUAGAAAUCCCUCUCCUGACCACUUGUCAGAAUCAGAAAGUGAGGAAGAAGAAAACAUUAGCUACCUAAAUGCGAGUUCUGGGGAAGAGUGGGAUUCCUCUGAAGAAGAGGACUCUAUGGUACCCAACUUAUCGCCUCUUGAGAGUCUUGCCUGGCAGGUUAAGUGCCUUUUGAAAUAUUCCACAACUUGGAAACCUUUAAAUCCUAAUUCCUGGUUGUAUCAUGCUAAACUCUUGGAUCCAAGCACACCAGUCCAUAUACUUCGAGAGAUAGGUCUAAGACUCUCCCAUUGUUCCCAUUGUGUCCCCAAACUGGAACCAAUUCCUGAAUGGCCCCCUCUGGCCUCUUGUGGAGUCCCACCUUUUCAAAAGCCUCUUACAAGUCCCAGCCGGCUCUCUAGAGAUCAUGCCACUCUAAAUGGAGCACUGCAAUUUGCCACCAAACAGCUAAGCCGAACAUUGAGUAGAGCCACUCCCAUACCUGAAUACCUAAAACAGAUCCCUAAUUCAUGUGUUUCUGGGUGUUGCUGUGGCUGGCUGACUAAAACAGUUAAGGAAACAACUCGUACUGAACCCAUCAACACUACUUAUUCUUACACUGACUUCCAAAAGGCAGUUAACAAACUCCUAACUGCAUCACUGUAAAGAUCUACCAUUUGCUCUGAUAUCUCUGAUGUUGCUAAUUGAGAAAGGGGUACAAAAUUAGUCAUUACACAACCCACUAAUGCCUUCUCAGUCAAACUCUCUUAUGCCCUGGCAAGCCAAUGAGGCUACCCUUUGACAAACCCUGUGGAUAAAAUGAUAAUAUCAAGGCCAGGCAUGGUGGCUCACCCCUGUAAUCCCACCACUUUGGGAGGCUGAGGUAGAUGCAUCUCCUGAGGUCAGAAGUUUGAGACCAGCCUUGCCAACAGUGAAACCCCGUCUCUACUAAAAAUAAAAAAAAUUAGCAGGGUGCAGCAGUGCACACCUGUAAUCCCAGCUACUCGGGAGGCUGAAACAGGAGAAUCACUUGAACCCAGCAGGCAGAGGUUGCGGGGAAUCAAGAUUGUGCCACUGUACUCCAGCCUGGGUGACAGAGCGAGACUCAGUCUUAAAAAAAAAAAAAUGGAGAAUUAGUUAAGGGGACCAUAUUACAAAAGAUAGUUGAAUAUUCUUCACACUCACUUCUCACCCUCCCCACCCCAAUUUACUCUGCCUUUCUGAAUGGCUUUAAUGAGAUACCUGGUUAUUAAUGAAGAAAAGUAGACCACCACCCCUUUUGUGAUCCAGCCAUUGUUGAAAGCGAGAAGUUAGCUACCCACAAUAAUACCUUUCUGAGCAUACUAUUCUCUAACAUGCAUUUCUAUGGAGGUGGUUGAAUUAAAUUGAGUAACUACACAAAGGAAAAUGGCAGGGAUAUGAAUUUCCUUCCCAGCUUUUGUAUAGAUGUGCCUGCAUAUGACACUCUUCAGGGUUCCUUUUAUUUUUUUCUGUUUUUUGGGGGGGGGUGGGGGCAGGGAGGAGUGCAAUUUUAAGCCUAGCCUAUACUACAACAAACUUAUUAUGGUACUUAAAAUUACAGCAUGAACGUUCUAUAUCAAAGUCUCCUGCCAGGCUGUCUCUGGCUAAAUCAGCCUAUAAGAUCAUCCCUUGGGAUUAAACAAACACCUGUUCUGUAGGGAAUGUUUCCUGAAUCUUGGUACUCGGGCUUUUGUCAAGAGUAAAUAAAACAUGUUUCAAAAGAAGAAUGGAAAAAUGAUUAAGAGGGCAUUUCUGCUUUCAGUAUUAACUGCUAAUGGAUUAAAAUUUUAAUCUGUAUAGCAUUUCCUGGAGUAAAAGUUCAAGUACUUUCCACAUCCAUUGCAAACUUUUCAGGAACCCUUCUAAUUUUAAAGAAACUUCUUAUUAGAAAAUCUCAGCCUAAUACAAUCUGAAGUUAAGAGUUUUAGCAGCAUUGUUUUUCUAAGUAGAUUUAGCUAUAAAUUUUCUUCUGACCAAACAAGGAAGAGUAUAUGCCCUUGUAAAUGAGUCUUGUUUAUUUAAAUGAGUCAAAACAUAGAAAUCAGUAUACGUAAAAUAAAAUGCAUGAGACUAUUAAAUCUUUUCAUAUACUCUACAAAUAAAAUUAAAUCUGUGUGUGGUCCUGGUUGACUGGGCAUCUAAAGGGAAUCAGAAAAGAGAUUGUGAAAAGUAUAUAUAUAUAUAUAUCCUCUUCAUUAUUUUAGUUUUGCUUUUUCCUAUUUUCCAUAAUUAAGUGCUGUUUACAAAGUGGCAUCAAAAAAUUGAAGCAGGCCAGGCACGGUGGCUCACGCCUGUAAUCCCAAGAGUUUGGGAGGCUGAGGCAGGUGGAUCACUUGAGAUCAGGAGUUCGUGACCAGCCUGGCCAACAUGGUGAAAGCCCGUCUCUACUAAAAAUACAAAAAUUAGCCGGGCGUGGUGGCAUGCGCCUGUAAUUGCAGCUACUUGGGAGGCUGAGACAGGAGAAUUGCUUGAACCUGGGAGGUGGAGAUUGCAGUGAGCCGAGAUCACGCCACUGCACUCCAGCCUGGGCAAGAGCGAGACACCGUCUCAAAAAAAAGGCAGUUAGAAAUCACAAAUUGUGUAAAUAUAUAGCAACUUUAAGAAGAGAAAAGAAUGCUUAUAACCUAGUGAAUAUUUCUGCUGAGCCUUAGUUGUCUUGUCUAAAGGAAAAAAAGAGGGAAUUGUAGAAUAAAAGUAUUUGUUAGUGGAACUUACUGACCUGAAACCGUAUCAUAUUGUUAGUGUAACUGAAUGUAUCAGAAAUUGUUCCUAUGUAGAUAUUCUGUGAAACUGGUUUCUAAAAUGUUACAGGAAACUGUUUGCUUUUUUUCUUUGUUUGUUUAAGUGGAGGUGGGAGGAGUAGGGAAGAGGUCUGCAUAUUAAAAUAUGUUGAUGUUUAUGUGUUUAUAAUAUGUUCCUUUUUCUCUCUGUGUGUGUAUAAAAGUGCCUUGCUCAUGAAUGCAUUUUUGCUAUUCACUUCGAAAGGAAGCCUUUCCCCAGCUUGGCAGCUGAAUAAACCAGUAGCUUUGUACAUAUUGAA